AUGCGCAUUCUACUCCACCCCCAAUUGCGCGCCGCGCUCCCAAAGUCGGCGCAAAGGAAUUUGUGCUCGCGCAUAAAUUUCCGGUUUAAAUCGCAGGCCUCACGCGUGACCCAACGCCAUGAAUCGGUUGUCCCCACAUCCAAAAAUGCAGGCCCAACAGCUCGCAAUCCAUCUACAGCUAGUGUAGCUGCGAAAACAAGCAUAAGGAGAGGGCCACCGGAACGUAUUUUGGUGUAUUAUGGAGGCACUGGCAGAUCCAUGUUCCUGGGGAUACUGCGAGUAACCACCAUCCUUCUAUUUGGCGGCGCGUGCUUGAUAGUUGCUCCGUCAUGCUACAGUGAUGAAAGUCCAUGGUAUAUCACACCACUAGUGAUUGCUGGCGGUGCUCUUCCCAUGCUAUUUGUUGCGUAUACGUGUGCGCCCUACGUCAACUUCGUCCACCUAGCCCUUCCGGCAUUUGCGAGAAAGUCUCGGGAGAAUGCACUCCACUAUGCCAGGGAUCUCCCUCCUACAUCAGUUCUAUACCUCACAACUAUGCGAUUCAAUACUAUUCCACGACAAACAGUGGUGCGCCUCGGCGAUCUCGUCCCAGACAAGCACGCAAUUCGGCCAGUGACCUUCCGAAAUUUGAAGCCCACACCCCGGCCGUGGUGGAUUGGCAGGGCUCCAACACAAUUCUAUGCUUCUGAUCACAGUCAGCCAGGAAGACGGGCCGCUGCAUUUUACCCUGAGCUAUGGCCAGCAAUUUACAAACGGAUCCAGAGUCAAACUGCUCAAAAAUUCUAA